ACAAGAAACCAGUCGACAUUGUCACAUGCCAAAACAAUAAAAAAAAAUCACAGACAAGAAAGUAAACAGUAAGCAGAUUAAUUGACUAACACAAUGGAGGAAGAUAAUCUCUAAUAUCAACAGUAGCCAUGGCAUCACCAGCUUUCUUCCAUACCUGUGCUGUUUACAAUAACAUCACUAAACAUGAUCAUCAUCAUGAGGCGAGAGUAUUGGUGGAGAGAGUUGUCACGAUUGUUGCUAUGACAUUCUGUAUGAUAAGUUUGCUGGUUGUUAUCUAUCUCUUGUUACCUAGAGAUGUGAGAGGAUCAGAAUGGUGGAGAAAUCCUGGACGUAUUCUUGUUGGACCAAAUUUAAAUGCUAUAAUAAGAGCUGUUGUGAUUACAAGUUUCCUUGGCACUUUAGGAAUUUUAGUAAGAUCUGCAGUGCAGAUGGAUGAAAAUUUCCCUGGUCCAAGUGAGGUGGUUAAUGGUGGUCAUAUAUUUUGUAUUGUAAUUAAUGUAUUUAUAGAAUACUUCUAUGAGAGUUCUUACUUUUGGAUAAUUCUGUAUGCUAUAGAAGCUUUAAUGGUGGCCAACAACAAAGAGCUACCUACAGCUGUAAAGUAUAUUCUUGGAUGGAUCAUGCCUGGAAUUGUAUGUGGAUCAGGAUUAUUACUGCUAUAUCAUAAUGGUAUUAAAGAGUAUGAUGGAAAGACAGAAAUUGAAAGAGCAAUGUUAUACUUCAUCUUUCUGUUGCCUAUUUUAUUAGUGUUGAUUUGUAAUCCAUUCCUGUUUUAUUUUGCAUCAAAAGCAGCAAAACGUGCGUUAAUAUGGCAUUAUGGUAGAUACACAGCUAGUGAAAGAAAACUGAUAGAUUCAAUCCACUUCAAAUUUAUCCUCAUUUUAGCUGCUUUUCUUACAAGCUGGCUGCCAAAUAUAAUUGAUGCUGUAAUACACAUGGCACAAAAUGACAACAAAACAGCAAAAUUAACAAUAUGGAUCAUUAUGUGCGUUUUAAAUCCACUGCAACCUGUGUUGUGUGCAUUAGUGUUGUGGGGACUUCCAGAAAGCAGAAUCUCAUUUUCAUCUUGGUGGAAUAACACAUCUACAGAUCUGUCUGAUGUUUCAACCAGUAAUGUGAACUUUUCUCGCAGCACUAGCAGUGAAACUGAACCACUUAUCAGCUUCCGCAGAAAGGAACGUAAAUGACUUGCUAUAUGAAUAAUCAUUGCUACCGUUGAUGCAAGGUUAAAACACUUAUCUUUAUAACCAUUAUAACAGUGAGUAACAAUCAAAGUGAUACUUGUAUUUUUAUUUAUAUUUGUAUUUAUAUUUGUUAUUGUUUUGACAAUUGAAACAUGAAUCAGUUGUUCAUUUUAUUAUAUGUGAAUUUGAAAUCAAUCAGAAUAUUGAUUGUUUAAUAUAUCCACUUUGGUACUACCUUGUCUUUUAUUUGAUUGAUAUAAACAACUACACACAUUGAAUUAGAUAAAUAUUUACUGUUGUACUGGAAAAAAAGAAUACUAUUUAAAUGAAGUGUAUCAAACUAGAAAAUGUUUGUCAUUGUCUACGUAAAAUUCUAUUAUAUAAGAAUUGAGAACUUGAAAUGAUUUGUACAUAUUUACAAUGUUUUAAGAGAGUAAUAACACAUUACUUUCUGUUCCCAUUUGCUUAUUAAUGAUAGAUCUGCUAAACCUCAAAUGUUCCUUGAUCGAUGCAUGUGUGGCUUAAAUUAAAAAAAAUCCUUUCCUUGUUUUUCUACUAUUUUCCUCUUAAUUACAUCGUUACAUAUUCAAAUAAAUUUGUUACUAUUAAAUUUCGAAAAAAAAAUGCACUCUUCAAAGGAGAAAAGAAAAAAAUAACACAUUCCAAAUUCAUUGUACUGCCAAAUAGAUCUGUUAAUAUGUUUAUUAUUUAAUAUUAUUGAUACAAAUAUUGUUUUUAGUUAUUAAAGUUUUAAUAAUUACAGAA